GAAAGUAUUUACAAUUACUUCCGUGAUGUAGCUGAUAGGUCAGAUGUCAGUAACACUAAUGCUGAAACUCUAUCCUUGUUUCAAAUUAAAUAUAACCGCUUAUCAAGAAGGCAGCUGAAAUGCCACCUUAAUGAACUCAAGCGUUUACAAUGUGAUACGUUGACGAGUGAAAUUCAGUACGUGAGUAAGCUGCUGCGGCUGAAAUAUAGCAAAAGAACACAUGCCUUACUCCCGGAAAAAUCCCAUGAUAUCCGUAUUCAAGAAAAUAUUUGGGCAUAUUGUAAAGAAAUUUUCGAAGAUGGAGAUAUUGUAUUACCAGACUUUGACGAGAAAACAUGCUAUAAUUUCUUCAGUUCGUGGCUAAAACCAACAUAUUCUAACCAAACCUUUGAUAUUCCUAUUUGGAUGAAAAAGCUUGACCAGCCUAAGUAUUCUUUUGAUAUAAUAGCUCCCACGUAUUCAGAAAUUUCAAGAAUCAUCAGAAAAAUUAAGUCGGGAUCAUCGGCAUGUCCUUUUGACCAAAUCAGUAUCUUAGUGUUGAAAAAUUGCCCAAUACUACGAACUGCCCUUCACCGAAUUAUGUCACCUUGCUGGGACAGGGGAUUGCUACUAAGUCAUGGAAACAAGCCUUUACAAUACUCAUCCAAAAGAAGGAUAAUGCAAAGCUUCCAUCCAAUCUUCGCCCAAUAA